AGGUUCCAUCGUUUCAUCUGAAAAUAAUAACCCUCGGAUUUGAUUGUCCGAGUAUUUUCUGUACGGAGCACAGUCACACAGCUACGCAUUAAUCUCAUCAACACAAAGUACCGCGCAGCUUUAAGAAGCUCCAUUAACCCCAACGUACGUAUCUUUAUAUCUUUAUAUUGGAGAGCUUGUCUUAUUAUUAUUGGCUUCUUCGCCAGUACUGGUAGCUCCGAGCAAGGAUGAAAGUGUAAUAGCCUCGUCAUACAAGGCUAGAAAUAUGGCUACAGGUUAGAUACCUUUCUCUUGAAAGCUUUCUUCACUCUUGGUCCUGCCCUAUGCUAACCAUGCAUAUAACAGUGCGGAUAUGUGUCUGCGGAGAUGAUGGGACUGGAAAAUCGAGUCUCAUCACAUCACUAGUCAAAGAUGUAUUUGUUACGAACAAAAUUCAAUCAGUUCUCCCUCAAAUCACCAUACCUCCAAGUAUUGGUACUCCAGAAAAUGUUACCACAACGAUUGUCGAUACAUCUGCCGAACCUCAAGAACGAAAUACAUUGCGCAAAGAAAUAAGGAAAUCAAAUGUUAUACUUUUGGUAUACUCGGAUCACUACAGCUAUGAAAGAGUGGCUCUAUUCUGGAUGCCAUACUUCCGCUCCUUGGGUGUGAAUGUACCGGUAGUAUUAUGUGCCAAUAAAUCUGACACAACUACAAAUGCAAACACGGCACAAGUGGUGGAGGAUGAAAUGUUACCAGUGAUGGCAGAGUUUAAAGAAAUAGAUUCUUGUAUACGGACGAGUGCUAGGGAACAUCACAAUGUCAAUGAAGUGUUCUUCCUAUGUCAAAAAGCCGUUACACAUCCAAUUGCACCACUUUUCGAUUCCAAGGAAGGUAUAUUGAAGCCUGCGUGUGUUGCGGCUUUGAAUAGGAUAUUUUACUUGAAUGAUAAAGAUCAGGAUGGAUAUUUAAAUGACCAGGAAAUGCAAGACUUUCAAGUCAGGUGUUUUGAAAAGCCAUUGGCCCCCACUGAUCUCGAGAAUAUUAAGAUGUCGAUAAGUAGGGCUUCGCCAAAUUCAAAUAUGGAAAGAGGGGUUGAUCAAAAAGGGUUCAUUCACCUCAACAAAAUAUUUGCGGAAAAGGGCAGACAUGAGACUAUAUGGCUUAUUCUACGGAAAUAUCACUAUACGGACAGCCUGAGCUUGAAGGAUAGUUUCCUUCAUCCUAAACUCGAUAUUCCCGAAUUUGCUUCUGCAGAACUCAGUCCCGCUGGAUAUCGAUUCUUCGUCGACCUCUUUCUGUUGUUCGACAAAGACAACGAUGGAGGUUUGAACGAUAACGAAUUGAAUGCGCUAUUUGCACCUACUCCGGGGCUUCCAUCACAUUGGCUCGAUUCGAACUUCCCAGCUUCUACAGUUCGCAAUGAAGCCGGGCACAUAACUCUCCAAGGUUGGCUAGCUCAAUGGUCUAUGACAACCUUUGUUAGUCCUGCCACUACCCUCUCCUACUUAGCCUACCUGGGUUUCGAGCCUACGCCUGGCAAACCUUCUACAACCACCGCCCUCAAAAUAACAAAACCUCGCAAAAGACGACGUCGACCUGUCCGCACCGAGCGAAACGUAGUUCUCUGCUACGUCCUUGGUUCCCCCUCGUCAGGAAAAUCCUCCAUCCUCGAUGCCUUCCUCAACCGUCCCUUUGACCACCUCUACCGCCCCACCAUCAAACCGCGCGUUGCAGUCAACAGCGUCGAACUUCCAGGCGGCAAACAGUGUUAUCUAAUCCUCGAAGAGCUCGGUGAACUCGAACCGGCCAUCCUCGAAAACCAAGCCAAGCUAGACGCCUGUGAUCUCCUCUGCUACACUUACGAUUCCUCCGAUCCGGACUCCUUCUCCCACAUAAUCAACCUACAUAAAAAAUAUCCCGCCCUCUCAUCCCUCCCCUCGAUCUGCACAGCCCUCAAAGCCGAUCUCGAUAAAACAACCCAAAGAUGCGAAAAACAACCAGAUGAAUACGCUCAGCUCAUGAACAUGAACGCCCCAGUCCAUGUAAGCGUCACGUGGCAUAGCAUUAGUGAACUUUUUGUUACACUAGCAGAAGCAGCGACAGAUCCAUCAAAAGCGUUUCCAAAAAGCGAGGAAGAGGCGCCAGAUAGAACAGGUGUCUGGAUUGCGGUUGGCGCGACAGCUUGCGCGGUCGUGGCGGCGGGUAUGAUUUGGAGGAGGACGUGGUACGUCGGAUAGAGAGAGUUGUGUGGCUCUGAGAAAUGAAGGGUUUUGCAUGCAUAGCACUAUGAAGGGGUCUUGUUGGGGAUGCACUGCACUUACAAUUCGUAUAUUGUUUUCCUUCCAAUACCUAACCACUGAUGGAAUGAAGUCUUAGUCUUAGUCUUAGUACCUUGCUAAGAUACUAGGUAUUUACUUCCUGAUCGAUAGGAAUCCUCAGACACAACGAAAGCAAUGGAUGGAAAAGAAAUAUCGUUGAUAUAGGUAAGGGUGAGGGGUAUGAGUUAUAGUUAGGUAUAGUUUGCAAGCUUGUGAUUAAUUGAAUGAUACCCAGUUUAAUCUCUAUUA